AUGAAAAUCAAUCAGCUCCCUCUCGAGGUCGUCGCAAACAUCCUGAGCAGCCUCGAGAGUCUCACGGAGCUCACAGAGGCCAUUUUAGCCUGCCGGCACUUUUACGCGGCCUUCCUGGAAAACCCUCACAUACCCGGCACCAUCGUCUACUCGACCUUUGACAAUGGCGAGGUCCUACCCCUCGCCGUCGCGGCGCUGCGGACGGGCAAGCUAGGCACGCGUUUUGUUCAUAGCGACGAGGUGCUGCGGUUCGUCGAUGACCUGCGCGUGCCUAGACACCUGGACCGGGAGCUUCGCUCGAUGCGACUGCAUGAGCUGUACGACUUGCACGAUCUGACGGAUGCCGUGACGGAGGCCGCCUUUGACUGGGCAAAUCUUGCGUGGCACAACUACGAGGAGGACCACAACUGCGAUUUUGGGCUGUCCCUGGCCGAGGCCGCUCGGUUCUGCCGCGUGCUGUAUCGCACAGAGAUUUUCCUCAGGGUCUUCCGGGUGGACGACGCCUUGGACGAGGACGCCAAAGGGCGUGUCGAGCUGGAGGGCCAGCUGUGGCUCUUGAAGAGCUUUUGCAUGUUUGAGAUUGAGCAGAUUGCCUGUGCGCACGACUACAUGGAAUCGAGAAUCGUUUUCGCAUCUCGUUUCAUCCUCGCCCACGACAUUGAGGCUGGCGCCAUGCACAUUGACUACCUAACACUGGGAGAGAAUCCUCUGCGACAAAAAUGGAUCACCCGUGGCUGCGUGUGGCUAGCGAAGCUUAUACGCUUAAAGAAAGACGUGGCAGCAAGAAGGGACCUACUGGCGAAGAGUCUCGACGGAGAAGAUGCACACCUUUAUGGUGCCCUGUGGAGACUCAAGGAGCUUUAUCGAGGCCCGAACAGCAAGUUGAAGCUGUGCCCCAAGCAACCUCGCCAAGUCAUCGACAACGACCCGGGGCCUCCCAGCGCCUUUGACUACGCGCACGCAAACACCGAUAUUGACCUCACAGUGGACAUUGGGCCCAACGGCGAGACACCCGACUAUCCCAUCCUCGUGACGUUUGCGCACGACGACUCGGGUCUCCGUGAGCAAGCGUACGUCAUGUGGGAUCUGAGCAGGAUCAAGGACUGGGACCUGUUCCACGAGAUGGAGAUUGUGCCCAGCGCAUCACGCGCGGCGCCCGAGCCCGGGUGGUACACGCAGAUGAGGCGGUCCUGGGCGGCGAGGCGGAAGCUGUACGAGCAGGGCGAGAGGGGCACCUGGAGACUGGAAAGGCCGUGGAGUGACGUGUCCGCAUUAGACGAGGCGGUUGCUUCUGAGGAGCUCUGGUAUACCAUGAGCGCCUUUGAGGGACGGCAUUGA